GUAUCACAUUGCUUGUUCAGAAGAACAUUUUUUGGAUAUCCCCUCACUAAAGCAGGUUCUGGUCUGGUUCAGCAAACUAAAGGUGUUUGUUUGAGGUUCUGCAGACCACAAAGUUCUACAACAGCUGCUGAGACAUCUGGAGAGGACACCUUACUGAAAUGGGGCCUUUUCCUGGUCCCUCUGACCGCAUUUGGCCUUGGCACGUGGCAGGUUCAGCGACGGAAGUGGAAAUUAGAUUUGAUUGCACAGCUGGCAUCAAGAAUCACUUCAGAUCCCAUCCCUCUGACAUUAGACCCCAUGGAAUUGAAGGAGCUGGAGUACAGACCUGUGAAGGUCCGAGGGCACUUUGACCACUCCAAGGAGCUCUAUGUUCUGCCACGGUCGCUGGUGGAUCCCGAGCGGGAAGCGCGGGAAGCUGGGAGACUCACAUCCCACCCCGAGAACGGAGCCAACGUCAUCACUCCCUUCUACUGCACAGAGCUGGGGGUCACGAUUUUAGUCAACCGAGGAUUUGUGCCCAGGAAGAAACUGAAACCAGAGACCAGGCUGAAGGGACAGAUUGAAGGUGAAAUUGACCUCACUGGGGUGGUGAGGUUAACAGAAACCAGGAAACCCUUUGUGCCUGAAAAUAACAUUGAACAAAACCGCUGGCACUACCGUGACCUGCAGGCUAUGGCCAAAGUGACAGGGGCUGAGCCCAUCUUCAUCGAUGCAGACUUCAGAAGCACAGUUCCAGGGGGACCCAUUGGUGGCCAGACCAGAGUGAGCCUGAGAAACGAGCACAUGCAGUACAUAAUCACCUGGUAUGGUUUGUGUGCUGCAACCUCCUUCAUGUGGUACAGGAAAUUUAUACAAAGGAUACCUCGGUGA